UGACGACUCUGUUUUCCAGUCCAAUUCCAGUCGAUCGAGGAGUCGAUCGAAGUCGAUUACGCCACUUAUCCUCUUGAUUGAUCGUAAUUAUUUUAGGAUAUUAGAUAUCAAAGAAUCUUUUUUUAUUCUUUUGCUAUUAAUAAACAUAUUGAAGAAAAAUGGCGGAACCCAUAAAUGUUGUGGUCACUGGUGCUGCUGGGCAAAUUGCCUAUUCUCUACUGUACCAGAUUGCAGCUGGUACAGUUUUUGGUUCAGAACAACCCAUUAAUCUUCGGUUAUUAGAUAUUGCUUCCAUGAUGACCGUUCUGGAUGGUAUAGUUAUGGAACUGGAGGAUUUAGCUCUUCCUCUAGUACGAGAGGUUUUGCCAACUGCUGAUCCAGCCAAAGCUUUUAAUAACGUAGCUGCUGCUUUCUUGGUUGGCGCAAUGCCACGAAAAGAAGGAAUGGAACGUAAGGAUCUUUUGGCUGCAAAUGUGAAAAUUUUCAAGGUGCAAGGUGAAGCAUUAGAUACAUAUGCUCGUAAGGAUGUCAAGGUGCUAGUUGUGGGUAAUCCUGCUAACACCAAUGCGCUCAUUUGCUCGCAUUAUGCACCAUCCAUUCCAAAAGAAAAUUUCACUGCAAUGACUAGAUUGGAUCAAAAUAGAGCACAGGCAGCAAUAGCUGCACGAUUAAAUGUGCAGGUUGAUAAAGUGAAGAAUGUUAUUAUCUGGGGUAAUCAUAGCUCUACGCAAUAUCCUGAUGCUGGGCAUGCAACUGUAGAGCUCUCAUCCGGCGUGAAAGCGGUACCGUCUGAGAUUAACGAUGACGAAUGGUUGAAUAAUGCCUUCGUAGAAUUGAUACAAAAACGCGGCGCUGCUGUAAUAGCUGCUCGAAAAAUGUCUUCCGCCAUGUCCGCCGCUAAAGCUGCUGGAGAUCAUAUGAGAGAUUGGUGGUUUGGUACUAAGCCUGGAGAAUGGGUCAGCAUGGGUGUUGUAUCUGAUGGAAGUUAUGGAAUUCCAAAAGACGUCGUAUUUUCCUUCCCUGUUACUAUCAAAGACAAGAAAUAUGAUAUCGUGCAAAACCUUUCAAUCAGCAACUUUGCAAGAUCAAAACUGGAUAUUACAUCUAAAGAGUUAGAGGAAGAAGCUGCCGAAGCAAACAAUGUUUUAAAAAAGUGACUAGUAGUACAGAACAACGAAAAGGAAUUUGUAUCAGCAAAACUGUAAAAGAUAUAGAUAAUACUGUACUACUACAUAUAUACAACACAUACAACAUAAACACAUACACAUACGCGCGCGCAAAAUGUUCUAAUUCACGAAUAAAAAUACUACAGCAAAACAAUUUUUUGUAAAUUAAGAAAAUUCUUACGAUUUUUUAUUUCACACGAUAAUUUUUGAAAAUACUAGCAUUUAAAGAAGGCCAAUCACAGACUACAGUUAAACUUAUGUUUAUCCGUGAUCGGUUUCACGAUUAUUUUUUUCUAAAUACGCUGUCGCGUAUUUAGAUCACGAAAUAAAAACAUAUCGCUGCAGUAUUUUUAUACUUGAAUAUUUGAACGCUAAUACGUAAUUUGAUGUAAACACUAAGUAAACCAAACAGUUUGAAUAGAAUGUUAUUUUGAAAGUGUUAAUGUAUAGAUGAUUAUCAAAGUGUAAAUGUUACAGAUGCUACUAUGAGUAGAGCAUUAGCCAAAUUAUAUAUGAUAGGAAAAUAUAUAUAUAGUUGAAAUGUAAACGUAUAUAUAUAUAUACUUUCUAAUAAUGUGUAUAUAUAUAUAUAUAUAUAUAUAGACUUUCUUUGUAACAAAGGUAUGUGGGAAAACAUA